AGAAAUUUCAUAAUACAGAGUUACGUAAACUUAUGUUGUAAAGGUGCGUCUGUUCUAGGAAUAUACGUGAUUAAGCAAAGCAAUUAUUAGCACUUUACGGAGGAUACACAAUCUGUGCGAUCUACGACGAGGGAUAAAUUGCAAUUUCGUCACUCAGUGUUUGUGUUGCACUCUCUGUAAAGUGAAACGCGGGAUGAGACAUUGACUCUCAAAUAAUAGAUCUUUAUGAAUUCUUAUGGACUGGCGCCAUCUGCAACGUUAGAAAUCUGACAAUGAGUGCACCGAUGAUUGCCGGCUGCGAUGUUGCGAAACGGGGGAACUUGGCCCGACACGGCGCCGUACAAAAGCCGUCAUAUCGCGAUAGCGUUCAGUUUGCAUUUGUGUGCGCGCUUCAUCGGCAGAUAGCCGUGGAUUUUCCUUGGAACUGUCCGUUGUAAAGAAGUUUGCAUGUACUGUGUACAACAAUAUCACGAACAAUAAAUCGAAUCUACGAGUAUUGGUGAAUCUCGUAAAAAUUACUUGCAAUGCAGAAUAGCAAUUGAAUCGAUUCGUGUGCCGAAGGAUCAACGGUGAUCCCUGGAUGUUUCUAAAUUGCAAGGCAUUCAAAUAGAAUACGUCCUUGAGAAUGUCGUCGUAUGAGGAAAAGAUAACGACAGUAAUAUGUCCCAAGGCAGAGACAGAUUGUAACAUAACGCUAAAGAGGAAUCGGUUGGCAAACGAUGAGCCGGCGAAAAAUCAUACAGCAACGACUCAAAACGAUGAGUUGACUGAGAUUAAAUACGUACCGAGGAUAAAGUGGCUGGAUCUUAGCGCGCAACUUUUCAUACACGGCGGAUGUCUUUACGGGCUAUAUUUGGUGCUCACACAAGCGAAAUUGCUUACUUCGCUAUGGGUGUUUGUGACGAUUUAUACAUCUGGCUUUGGUAUUACGGCUGGCGUUCACAGAUUAUGGUCGCAUAAGGCAUACAAAGCUAAAUGGCCCUUACGUCUAUUUCUAGUCUUCCUCUUCACGAUAACAGGACAGAAAGAUGUGUACACAUGGGCGUUGGAUCAUAGAGUACAUCAUAAAUAUAGUGAAACCAAUGCAGAUCCGCAUGAUGCGAGAAGAGGUUUCUUUUUCGCUCAUGUAGGGUGGCUUUUUACGACACCCCAUCCAGACGUCGUCGCCAAACGCAAAGCGGCUGAUGUGAGCGAUCUAGAAGCGGAUCCUAUAGUUAUGUGGCAAAAAAGGUUAUAUAUACCUCUAUUUGCACUUCUAACCAUCGCACUACCAGUGGGAAUUCCUUGCUACUUCUGGUCGGAAUCGCUAUGGAUAUCGUUUUGGGUGAACUUCAAUUUUCGCUUCAGCAUCAAUUUAAACAUAGCCUUCUCUGUUAAUAGCGUGGCACACAUGUGGGGGCAGAAACCUUACGAUAAAAACAUUUCUCCAGUGGAGAACAUUGCGGUAUCAAUCGCGGCGCUUGGUGAGGGAUAUCACAAUUAUCAUCAUGUGUUCCCAUGGGACUAUAAGACCGGUGAGCUAGGCGACUACCCGUUCAAUCUUACUACCGCCUUCAUUGAUGCAUUUGCACGGAUCGGAUGGGCCUACGAUCGGAAGUAUGUCUCACCAAGUAUGAUCCAUCGUAGAGCACACAGAUGUGGCGAUGGAAGUCACGUUUGGGGUUAUGGUGAUGUCGACAUUUCGAAAGAAGAUCUAGAGGAAUUAGAUGUCAUGGACAAUCACGAGCUGUGAGACUGAAAAAAUAUUUUGAGGAGAAGUUGAAAAAAUAUUUUGACAUAUUUCCUAUAUAUAAUAUGUCAUACGUGGACCAUAUGUAAAGUUUCUUUCACAAAGAUUUGAGCUAAAAUAA